AUGGUAAGGGAGCUGCAGAACUAUAGACCAAGAAUGUAUUGUCAGGCAGUGACAUGGAGUUUCCCAGAACAUGGAUGGUUAAAAUGCAACACGGAUGGUGCAUGUCGAGGAAACCCUGGGGAAAGUGCCCAUGGAUUUUGCAUCAGAAAUGAUCAAGGAAACCUAGUAUAUGCCGAGGCUCAAGAGAUAGGGAUUAAAACAAACAUGGAGGCAGAAACUAUUGCUUGCUUAAAUGCUCUUAGAUAUUGUAAGCAGAUGGAGUUUCACCAUAUUCUAAUUAAAACAGAUUCUCUCAGUGUGCAGCGAGUGAUAAUGAAGGAAUGGAAAAUACCAUGGCUAUUAGCAGAAGAUAUAGAGGAGAUACAACAGUUAUUGAGAAUCACACAAGCACAAGUUCAGCAUACAUUCAGAGAAGCUAAUCAGAUAGCAGAUAAGAUGGCAAACUUAGCAAUAGAUCAGGGAUGCAUAAUAAAGUGCCAGACUUUCCAACAACUACCAGUGGGUUACAGAAGACUUCUGAAUCUUGACAAAGCACAAAUAGCGACACUAAGGAUCAGAACAAGGAGGAUUACCAGUAGGAAUACAAAGGAGUGA